AUGCUCGAGAAUGAUUCCACAGAAGCUAUUGAGGAACUUGAAGCUGUUCUUUCUUUCGAUCCGAUUAAAGGAAAUGUUAUCUUCUCCUCGGCAACUCACUGUUAUGCGUUCGGAGUGGAUGAUUUCGCUGAUAUGUACGCUGAAAAGCUGAAAAUAGCUAAGCCAGAACUGACGAACGCUUUAUUUGGGGAUUUUUGUUUAUCUGGCGGAAAAAUUAAGAACGAUGCUGCUUCCCGUGGCAAAAAGACAUUAUUCGUGCAACUUGUGUUGGAGCCGUUAUGGGCACUCCACGAUUGCGGACUGGUUGAUAAUGACUUGCAAAAACUAAUAAAUAUGAUG